AUGACUUGCCUACGUGUCAAAGAAGAAUUCGAGAGUCAGAUCACACCACGCCAUGUCAACGGCGGUUGCCCCUAUGAUGUCUCAAAGGAAAAAGGUGUGGAGAAAAGGGGGAGAGUGCCUAAGUGCAGUAAAAAAAAAAUCUUUUUCCACGACCAAGAAAACACUUACGAGAUCGUAGAGAUAAAACCACAUAUAAACAAUGCAGGAAUUGCCUUAUUUCACUUGCUGCAUGAAGCCACAGCAGAAGACAUGAUGGAAAUGUAUAAAACCAAUGCAAUUGGACCAAUGCUGGUUACUAAGGCAUUUUUUCCUUUGCUAAAGAAAGCCGCCCAGGAAAGUCCGAAUGAAGUCAAGAGCUGCAGCAGGGCUGCUGUGAUAAACAUAUCGAGUGGUGCAGGAUCUAUAGAAAGAAUACCACUUGAAUUCUCCGUACAACCUCUUUUUGAAUACCGCUGCAGCAAGGCUGCACUAAACAUGUUAACACGGUGCCAGGCUGAGGCCUAUAAAACAGAUGGGAUUAUUGCUGUGGCAGUUGCUCCUGGCUGGGUUCAAACAGACAUGGGUGGACCAAAGGCUCACCUGAAGCUACAUGAGAGUGUGGGUGGUAUGAUGAACAUGUUCGACACCCUAACUGAAAAACAUAAUGGAGUGUUUCUAAACUGGAGAGGACAGACUCUACCAUGGUGA